AUGGAUCAAGCAAAGCUCCAGCGUCUUCAAAAUGCCGUGCGCAUUGGUAUGAACUCUCGCCAUUCUGUGAAUCGAGGUACUCCCAGAAGAAAGGUCAAGAAGGUCAACAGAUCCGGCGGUGGUGACGACAAGAAGCUCCAGGCUGCUCUCAAGAAGAUGAACGUUCAGCCCAUCCCUGCCAUUGAGGAGGUCAACAUGUUCAAGUCGGACGGCAACGUCAUCCACUUCGCUGCCCCCAAGGUCCACGCUGCCAUUCCCUCCAACACUUUCGCCAUCUACGGCAACGGUGAGGACAAGGAGCUGACCGAGCUCGUCCCCGGCAUUCUCAACCAGCUCGGCCCCGACUCGCUCGCUUCCCUCCGCAAGCUCGCCGAGAGCUACCAGAGCAUGCAGAAGGGCGUCGAGGGCGAGGACAAGAAGGAGGACGACGAUGACAUUCCCGACCUCGUCGAGGGCGAGAACUUCGAGGGCAAGGCCGACGUCGAGUAA